AUGGCUGCCCAGGGCACAGUAGACAACACGCCUCUGUUCCGGCAGCUUGACGAGUACAAAUGGGACGACGAUGCAGAGUUCCAAGGCGGGCUUCGAGCAAUCCUAGGCUCCGCAGAGAACGAGCAGCAAGUCGAGCACUUGACACUGAGGGCCAAGUGCUACUACUACGCUCGCAAGGCUGGAAUUCCCGUUGACUUUGAUGGGUACAAGGCUUGGGUUGAGUCCUGUCGCACAAAUGGAACUGCUGCGAAUACGCAAGCCCCAGCAGACACGUCAGGAGGCAUGGCAGAUGCUCCGAAGCCAGCGAGCUUUGCCGAGAUAUGUGACAUGAUCGCUGAAGGGAAACCAAUCCCUGGUAUCAAAGACAUUCCAGAUACGAUCCUUGAGGGACAAGCUUCAGAGAGCAACACAGCGAGGAGAAAGAAGCCCUGGGAGAAGACGGCAGGCGAGGAGGAAGCGAAGCCAAGCUGGAUGACCUGAAGAGAGGCGGAGCUCUUGAUAAAAAGAGACGGAUAUAUGAAUCGAAGCACUAAGGCCAAAGCAGAUGUCUAUCUUCCGCAGAUGUAAACAAUUCAGAACAACACCGGCUGUCCAGCGCACGAAAUCUCAGCCACGAACCCGGGCAUGAGAGCUCAAAUGCAGUGGAGCAAGCACGAUAACGCAAAGUAUAUCGAUUGAAGAAAGCAAAAGUCGAUGCUCAACAUGACAGUGGACGAAAGCUCUGGCUCUCAAGCUGCUGCCACAAGCACUACCACGACUGACAUCUGUGGUGCCUUUGCUGAACUGGAAUCGGCUCGCGUUCGACAGUGCAACGGAACGACAGAAAUCUCCAGACCUGGUUAUCGAUGCGAAAUGUGUCUACUUGCAUGAGAUUGCUAGUUGUGGCCAUUCCUGGUACUCGCUGCACUUUAAAAAUCCAUGCGAGCAGUAUAGAACGAUUACGCCAAGAUGAAUGCAGACUGCUAUGGACAAGAGGACAACUUGAGAUCUUCGAAUCGCUUGUCUGCACUACUUGAUUAGCAUUGGGAAGAAUCGACGCGAUGCAUGAGUUUAGAGUAGAGCUCGAGCAAUGCUUAGCACCAGACCG